GCGGAACGUACGUCAUCGCGUUUCCGCAAUGCUAACAGUCGAGUAGCUGCAGACCGCCAACUUACAAGCGAUUGCUCCACGAUGACUGCUAAAUUAAACGCUUUGAAUAGUGAUUCUUACAUCGACGUUAGUCAAUACAGAGACCAACAUUUUAAGGGUAACCGCUAUGAUCAGGAGAAGCUGCUGAAGCAGAGCCACACUUUGUACGUUGGGAAUCUCUCCUUCUAUACCACUGAGGAGCAGGUACAUGAGCUAUUUUCUAAAAGUGGAGACGUCAAGCGCAUCAUCAUUGGUCUGGAUAAAGUCAAGAAGACAGCCUGCGGAUUCUGCUUUGUAGAAUACUACACCCGUACAGGCGCAGAAAAUGCCAUGCGCUUCAUUAAUGGCACACGGCUGGACGACCGUAUCAUCAGGACAGACUGGGACGCCGGCUUCAAGGAGGGGCGGCAGUAUGGCCGUGGCAAAUCUGGAGGACAGGUGAGAGAUGAGUACAGGCAGGACUACGACCCAGCUAGAGGCGGCUAUGGUAAGCUGGCCCAGCAGCAUCGACCCACAGAGGCACGCAAUACUUUUUAGAUUGAACCAUACUCAGCCUGGAUUACACAGAUCCCCAGCCUCAGUCUUCGACCGGGAUUGAUUCUCCAACAAUGCCACAACUUUCCACCACAGAUAGUUUGUUGCAGUGUUAACCAUGAAACACUCUACAGCGGGUCUGCAUGGACCGCAGAAAUCAGCAGCUGGUUUUUAUUUCUUUUGGAGGCUUGUUUUCUGUUCUGACCACCUCCUGUGACUUCCACACCUGUUUCCAGUCUACAUGGUAGCUCAGCCCAAACCCCAAAGUUACUGCGUGAUAUUUAGUGAUGUUUUCGUUAUCCUGCGUAUAGAAAUACCAGACAUUUCCCUACAGGCUGGAAAGGCUCUGAUAGCAUGUAGUAACUGGGUUUAAAGACAAAAUGAUCUGAUGAACUAAUCGGAAGGAAGAAUUCUGUUAUUGUCUGUUUUCCACAGGUGAAACAUUGUGUCCCUAAUUGUGUAUAACUUUUUAAAUAAAGAUUUUUUUUCAACAUUU